GGGCUGUCCUCCUUGUGUGAAUAAAAGAGGAGCCGACGUGGGUUACCAUCACAUCUCCUGCGCUGUUCUGCUCGACAUCAUCCAGCUCCGUCGGACCCCUUCAAGUAGUACGCAACACAGCAAGAUGACUGCCAUGCUGAGGCUGAUGGGGGUGCUCCUGUGCUCCAUCUUCGCCGCUGCAGACGUGAUGCCCAUGGCCGACUUUGAUCUGCAGAAGAUGGCCGGUAAAUGGUACAUGAUUGGCUUCGCCACAAACUCCCAGUGGUUUGUGAACCACAAGGACAACAUGAAAAUGGGCACAGCCAUGAUUACUCCCACCGCUGGAGGAGACAUGGACCUCGCCUAUGCCAACGCCAACGCCGAUGGGACUUGCUGGAGGAUGACGCACCUCGCCAAAAAGACAGAGACCCCCGGCCGCUUCAUUUUCCACAGCCAGCGCUGGAAUAACGACAAUGACAUGCGUGUGGUUGAUGCCAAUGACCAGUUUGCCCUGGUGCACACCAUCAAGACUAAAGACGGCGUGUCAGAAGUCCUGAAUAAACUUUACGGACGCAGCCCUGACGCGAGCGCUGAAUUGAUCGAGAAAUUCACACAGUUCAGCUUGGAGACGGGUAUCAUGGCCGACAACAUCGCUAUCCUGCCUCCCAAUGGUGAAUGCUAAUCAUCCCGGAUCAUGAUCAUCAAAGCUUGGCGACAGGGUUACACACAUGGCUGCACCUUCGCAUCCCGCACUGUUACAUUUCUCACCUCCCCUGUUUGUUGAUAUGUUUUUUUCGAUUUUGACUGCAAAUUAUCGUGUUUUCUAUGAUUUUUAUGUACAUUUGAAAUGUUUUUGCUGAUAUUAAACAAAGUUGGUGUAAAAAAAGAACCUA